GAAGAUGGAACCUUCAAAGAUUUAUCAAAUCUGCAAAGUUUACAUUUGUCUUCAAAUUUCUUGGAAGAAGUCAACACAUCGACGUUUUCUGGGCUCAGACGACUCAAAAUUUUAUCUUUGCACGAAAAUCAUCUUCGAUGCAUACCAAAGGGUGCGUUUUCGCCAUUGGGUCGACUCCAGUUUUUAUCUUUGAAUCGAAACCAUCUAACCGAGAUUUCUUCUGGAGUCUUUUGCGAUUCCAACAGUCUGCUGCAGUUGUAUCUAGAGCAAAAUAAAAUCCAGAAAAUAGAGAACAAUAGCUUCAAGAAUUGUUUGAAUAUGGUGAAACUGACUAUAAGAUACAACAGGCUAACAAAUAUAACGAAUGCCACUUUCAAUGGGUUGGCGAGUUUAGAGGAGUUGUUUCUAAACAACAAUUACAUCAGCAGCUUCCCAAGCCAUAUCUUUAGAGAACUUAGCCAGUUGAAGAAACUCUCUCUUGGUAGUAAUAAAAUACAGCGAAUUGAGCAGGGGACGUUCGCUGGCCUUGACGGUGUCUUAGAGUUGGCUCUUUCUGGAAACAAACUCUCCGAGCUGAUACCUAAUGGAUUUGGUGGAUUGCCAAAUCUACGUAUUUUGACACUUGAAGAUAACAGCAUUAUAAAGAUCCACCAAGGUGCAUUUGCUGGUCUUAAAAACGUUGCUACGCUGUAUCUCUACCGCAAUCAGCUGUCAAAUAUACCAUCUCAUGCAUUCAAGGGUCUAGAUAGAUUGACUGAACUAAACCUUGGUGUAAAUCGAAUUGCAUCCAUUGAAAAUGAGGCCUUUUUUGGAAUGCCAGUGUUGCUUAGUUUGUCAUUGAACUCAAACAGACUAACUGUGAUUCCUGCACAUGCUUUCAAAGGACUUGCGCUGCUCCAGAAAUUGACCUUGUACUUCAACAGAAUACGCUACGUUGCUGAAGGUGCCUUCGCUCCAUUAAAUGGCUUGAAUAUAUUGUCCUGGAACCCUCCGUCGUCCCUUAUGCGGUUCCAUCCAAAACUUCAGACGGUGCAAAGUAAUACGCUGCAUUGUGACUGCAACGCCUUCUGGUUGCGAGACUGGAUCAACAGCUCAAAAACACUCGUCCAUCCUGCGAUUUCUUGUGCUGCUCCUGAGCGAUUCAAGGGCAAGGCAUUGAUGAGUAUUGGAAAAGAAGACUUUCCAUGUGAUCCAUCCCAAGUUCAAGUCAUGCCUAACAGAACCUACGUGUUGGAGGGCGGUAGUACCUCAUUUAAAUGUACAUUGUUGCCUGGAGCAGUGUUCACGUGGGUUCACAAUGGGAAGAAAAUAGACGUGGAAGACGGCGAUAAGUAUGCAGCUCAGCAAGAUGGUCUCUUAGAAAUCAACAGAAUAUCACCUGAAGACGAAGGGACUUACAUUUGUUUAGCAGGGAACAAAGCUGGUUCGGCUGCUGCUUCAGCAACCUUAUCAUUAGGACGCACCCCAGUGAUAAUUGAGCAACCAGAGAAGGAGGUGACCGUCGCAACCCCAGAAAAAAGUGUUCUUCUCCCAUGCAAAGCAGAUGGUUACCCCAAGCCUUCAAUUUACUGGCUGAAAGAUGGUGCAAGAGUUAAGUUCAAUGAACGCGUUAUGCUGUCUGCCGAUGGUUCGCUUAUCAUUUUGAAUAUGAAGCAUUCAGAUGAAGGGAUAUAUUCUUGCUUAGCUGCAAAUACAUUCGGAACAAAGGACGUCUCAGUUAGGCUGUACCUUAGCCAAGGAUCAAUGUGCUUACCAUCCUGCAGAAGAGACUCGGGUUAUUGCAUUGCCAAGUAUGAAUGCCAGUGUUUGCUUGGCUUUGAAGGACCAGCCUGUGAAUUCCGCAACAAUAAAGUUAAAAGCGUGGAGAGAACUGCUUCGAAUAACUCCAUUGAUGGAAAAGCAGCACGUGUUCCAAAGCAGUCCAGCUGGGUUUAUGACCCUUUGGAAAUGGAGUUGGAUGGCGGAUCAGGAGAUGACGACACUGAACGAGACUCAGAUGACGAAAAUGAAAAAGUGGUUUCUGACGAAAAUUCAAAAGUCAAGCUGAUAAUCAAUGAUCACAAACCAAAGAAGACGCGGCGAAAGAACGUUGUGGUGAAGCUAGGUACAGAGGUUGCACCUGAUCACUCGCCCCGGCCAAAUUUCCAGUUAAUCAUCAGAAGACAAAAGCCUGUCAACAAACGGUUGUCAGUUAUUCGAAUUGGUAGAUCUCCCAGAGUUCAUGCGCUAACCACGAAAUUAUUAGUACAUAAAUUGCUACCAAAAGGUGGCUAAAGUAUCUUGUAUAUGAACACACAUAUAUAUAUUAUAUGAAAUUUUCUCUUGCUCAAGUUAAGCCAAAGUGUUUGGGUUUUUAAGAUUUUCUUCGCAAAAUAAUUUCACGCUAAGCAGAGUUUUAUGAGAGAACCUUGACUGUAUUGUCAAGCACUUUGAAGUUUUUUUCGCUUGUAGAGCUCAAGCACAUCUUGUAAGGGCAUAACGUUUUAUCUCUGUCAAUCAUUGCUGUCAACAUUGCUGUCAAUCAAAAAAACCCUUUUAUAAGGUUUCCAUGCUCUUUACUUCCGUCUUCCAUCGUCAGUGAUUGAAAUCUAUGUCUUUGGGAACUGUUAUAAGCACAAUUUUAUUUACGUUCGUUAUGGUCAAAAUAUAUAUUUUAAAUUAAUUGCAAUAUUAAAUAUUAGUUAUGAUAAAUUUUUUGCUAUAACAUUUUGGUUAUUCGGCCAGUUUAAAGACUUUCCCAAAGUCUAGCCAGUUUAUUAAAAAUACUGUCAGGUUGAAACCAAAGUCAAUAUGGAGUUUGCUGUACAAGCUCAGGGAACUAGGUACCGGUGUAAGCUGUUAAUUAUCCAUGAUUGAACAAGCUGAAAAGUAGGCACAUUUGUUUUUGAUGGAAGAUAGAGCCUGGACCUUUUUCGAAUCCCUCCUCCACCUUAAUUAGAGAAAUGUUGGCCCAGCCAAAUCUUUUACAGCAUUUGCCUAUUUUUCAUCGUUUUCCAUUGUUGUUAUUUGGAACAUUUUUUAAUAUAAUAGGUUGUGUGUUUGCAGAGAAAGUAAGAAAGGCAUCCUUUCACCUCUCUAAAAAAGAUCUUUAUUUCAAUAGAUGAAAAAAGAGUUAGUUUUGUUUUUUAUGGGUAUUUUUAAAACAUAUUUGAUUGUCUUUUUUAAUAUCAAAUAUUUUCAAGAUAUAAUGAGCUAAUUUUUCCUGUUAGUAGUAGCAAUGAAUUUGUUGCGAGAAUGGUGGUAGAAGUGUAUAUAUUAGCUUAGUUAAGGGUAGUAACAUUGUAUUUAUGAAAAAUUAUAUUAUAUAUGUAUUUUAUAUAUUCUAUUAAAUUGUAUCCAAAGAAUGUUUUUAAUCUGUUA